CCUUCAGCGUAUAUGCAUGUACACAGAGGAGCCAGAUAGCAGUAAGGACAGCGUUCUGAGAAUAUAGUAAGGGGCUUGUUGGACUGAUACCACCUCCCCAAACCCUAGACCAGCUUCGUUUAGGACUGCAUGCUGGAAUUUAACUGAAAAGAAAACUCAGGUUUGAAUUUGAGAAACUAGGCAGCACUUCUAGUGUCUUCCCUGGGAUUACAGUUAAGAUGAUGUCCCCAACCCUUCAGCUACUAAUUGGAUUGCUCUGCCAUGUGACAAGCCCUCUGAUUCUCAGCCACGUAGCCGCAGAAACCACCGAGCUGAGAUCUGCCUUCUCCGUGGCCAGGACCAGUAGCAUGGAGGGAGGCCCCAAGAUGGUCAUCACCUUCGACAAGGUCUACGUCAACAUCGGCCACGACUUCGACCCCAAAACCGGGCUCUUCCGCUGCAGGGUCCCCGGGGCUUACUAUUUCUCCUUCACGGUGGGCAAGUUCCCCAGGAAGAACCUCUCGGUGAUGCUGAUGAAAAACAAGAAUGAGGUGCAGGUGAUCGUGUACGACGAGCACCACGGCAAGGACAGGAAGGUGCAGAGCCAGAGUGCCAUGCUGCAGCUGGAGUUUGGUGACACGGUGUGGCUGCGCUUGCAUGGGGACCCAAAAUACGCCCUCUACAGCAACACGGGCCCAUACACUACCUUCAACGGAUACCUCAUCUACCCCGACACCUAUCCUUACUUGGGGAACAGUCUGAGUGACCAAGAUGCAGCUGAUCAGCAGUCAAGCCAUGCCUCCGAUAUCGAGGUUACUGCUGGAAAUAAAGACUACGCUCAAAAGGAGGAUCGUAUGCUCUCUGAUCAGCCAACGGCAGUGGUGGAAGAGGAAGAAGGAGAGGAGAAUGACCUCAGAUCUGCUUUCUCAGUGGCCAAGAGUCAGAGUGUCUUGGGAGAGGACCAGGACAUAUUUCAGCACAAGCCCAUGACGUUCGACACGGAUUUCGUGAACAUCGGGGCCGACUUCAACACCAGCGCGGGUGAGUUCACCUGCCGUGUCCCUGGCGCUUACUACUUCUCCUUUACGAUCGGGAAGCUCCCGCACAAGACCAUGUCGGUGAAGCUCAUGAAAAACCACCUGGAAGUCCAGGCUAUGAUAUACGAUGACAGCAGUUCCAAGAGGAGGGAAAUGCAGAGCCAGAGCCUGAUGCUUGCCCUGAAGAAAGGGGACACAGUCUGGCUCUACAGCCACCAGCACGACGGCUUCGGGGCAUACAGCAACCACGGAAAGUACAUCACAUUCACGGGAUUCCUCGUCUACCCGGAGCAGAGACAGAAAAACUAAAUCAGAUUCCUUGAGAUUAAAACAAACCUGUUAUUUAUGAAAAAAAUGAAAGUGUGUCCGAUGUGAGCUUUUUUUUUGUUUGUUUUGCAUUGUUUUGGGUUUGUUUUGUUUUUAAUACAGAAGCAUGUUAAAGACAUCCCAGAUGGCAGUUAUUAAGAUGUUUUUUUUUU